UUAUGUUUCUGAUCUGAUCUCAUUGAGUUGCAGACUUCAGCCGUGUCCCCGGCUUGCUGCUGAGCCGCUCAAACCGCCUUUCUUUCUUUGCAUGCCAGCACUCAGUACCGAAUUGGAACACCCGUUCGAUCACAUGUUUUGUUUAUUCCGCGCUCAGCUGAGAAAUGAUACCCUUACACCCUCAACUCCGGUCCGUAUCCUGAUAUGUGAACCCAAUGCUCUUAAAAUUACAUCCAAAUCCCAACAUUGGUAUCUCAUGAGACUGCUGCUCCCAUUCUUGUCCCAUCCUCCAGCCCGAUCGUUGCGUGCGUUACCUCCAGUAGUGAUGACAUGUCGUUGAUAGACAUGACAUGCUCGUUUCACCGCGGGAACCUUCCGGUCCUCACAGCCACUCGGCAAGCAGCCGACCCAGCAACCACGCCGAUCACCAGUCAGACCUUGAUGCUAUCAUUUAUGGUUCCACCAGAGCGCCGAAGCUGGAACACAAGACUCGCUAUCUUGGCCAGCCACGUUCUACCUCGGGCGGUAGAGGAGGAUAUAAGCGUGAAUUCGCCUAGGCAUCUGAGCGGUCUUCCCAUUGCCUCCUGUUACUGAGCAGCAGACAAAUUGGUGAGAAGGGCUUUCCGCCACCAGAUAGUGUCUUUGCGUUUCUCCUGGCUACCCUUUUUUCGGGCUUGUCCGGCGCAAUCAAUAUCCAACCGAUAACCACACGACUAUAGCGGCCCUUUCGUUCCAAUCACCGCUUAAAAGUAGUUCUUUU